UAACUCUAAGUCUAUUUCUUUCUUUAUUCCUCCAAUUAAUACCGUAUUUUAUCUCAUUGAACAAUUAAUACAGUAUUUUAUCUUAUUGAACGAUUGUGAUAAAGAACAGAAAAAGGAGAGCCUGUGUAGAGGCUACUCCUGCCCAUAAUUAUAUGAUUAUAAUUAUGUUAACUUAUACCAAGUAGAUAAGAGUAUUGGUUAUACUGAAUUGCUACAGUAUGGCAGUUAGAGACUGGGCUUUUGUAUCUUCUGUGGCGUUUUUCACUGCUCUGGGAGGUUGUAUUUAUGGAUAUGCAGUUGGAUCUAUGAAUGGGUUACAGAACUUUGCAGGAUUUCUGGAGACCUUCGAGUUGGGAGAAGAGAGCUCCAACUCAACCUGCUCUGAAACGUCCAACAUAGCAGAAAACAAACAACUGAUAUUGGGAGCCAUCAUUUCAGUAGUGAGCCUUGGAGCAGCUGUGGGACCCCUGUUAGCUGGAAAGCCUGCUGACUACUUUGGCCGUAAAGUGACUCUUGUGAUGUCAGGAGUGCUGGUGGUUGUUGGAGGGUCCAUACAGAGUGCAGCUUUCCAUGGAGCCGUAUGGAUGUUGAUUGUAGGACGUCUUGUUGCUGGACUGGGAUAUGGAGUGAUCUGGCUGGCUGGCCCUUUGUAUGUGGCUGAGAUUGCUCCCAAGAAUAUUCGAGGAAGAUUGACAUCUCUCUUCGGCCCAAACCUAGCAAUGGGAAUACUGAUCGGCUAUGUCACCAACUUCCUGCUCUACGACAAGUCAUUUGGCUGGAGAGUGUCACGUAUUUUGACCUGUGUGCUUGGCCUUGUGUAUUUCUUAGGGAUGAUCCUAGUACCUAGAUCCCCAAGGUGGCUCAUGUUGAAAGGGAGAGAGUCAGAAGCGCGAGAUGUGCUGAGAAAAACUGUCUCCAAGCUGGGACAGGAGGGAAUUGAAUCUGAGCUAGAGGACAUUAGACAGUCUUUGAACUCGGGACCAAAGAUUAAUAUCUUACAGGAGCUCAUAUUGAUUAUGAAAUGGAGAAACCUUAAACGGGUCUUGCUGGGGAUCGUUCUUCACAUGUUUGCAGCUGGUUGUGGAACAGCAAUAUAUUUUUACUCUGAGCCGUUGUUUUGUUCUCUGGGGAUAGUUCCGUUCGUGACUGCUCUUGUGAUCGGAUUGAUGAGUCUUUGUGGAAGUACCUUCACGACCAUCUUUAUUGACAAGCUUGGCAGAAAGCCUAUGCUGGUGGGAGGUAGUCUAAUUAUGUUUCUCCUCUCUGGAACAGCUGCUACACUAGUCUAUGCCUUCAGCUUGGAGGAAGAUAAUAAUGUUGUCGUUGGCUAUAUUGUUGUGUGUCUGGUCUGCCUCUUUUUAUUUGUCUACUCAUCCACCUGGUUUAUCAUCCCAUGGGUUGUCACCAGUGAGAUAUUUUCUUUGGAAGGACGAGGAAUUGCAGUUGCUAUCUCCACAACAGCUAACUGGUCGCUUAUAUACGCAUCCACGCAAUCCUUCCCCUCACUUCUGGUGUCUAUUAAAUCAUUUGGCUCCCUAUAUAUGUUCAGUUUAAUUAAUCUAGCUGCAGCUUUGUUCGUCAUCUUCUUUCUGCCAGAGACUAAGGGAAUCACACUCGAACAAAUGGGGAAAGUAUUUGCUAAACCAUGGCUUGAGAGGGUGGGACUCACUUCCUGCUGCAGAUCUAGAUGUUAUCACACUCGCAAUAAUGUGAGAGGCGAUUCAGCAGACGUUAAGGAUGAGGAUAGUAAUGCAAUGAGUACCAUCGCCGUGGUGUCUACAGAACAUGACAAAGAAAACGAAUAUUACAUAGAAAAUUACCUAAGACAUCAAAACUUAACAGCUAGCUUGUGA